UUUAGCACUCUAUGUAAUAUACAAGAAACACCCUGUACAAAUCCAGAACAUUCCAAAAGCAAUAAAUUCCGUUUGUCAAAAAGAGAAAUUGACAAAACGUUGGGUUGCCUCGGCAACACAUUCAACCUGACAUUUUCAUUAAACCAUUAAAUGAAUGUAUUUCAUUUUAUUCUGAGAUGGUGACUGGAAAAGAGGCAAGGGCUAAGAGACAAUCUAGUAAAAAAAACAACCAAGAUUGUAAAAUAUGGGUACCGCCCUUCAGUAUACAAGCUCUCCAAAAACACACCUGUGUCAUCCCUCCUCCAAAAUGUAAUGUUUACAAGGAAAUACCUGCGAAUAAUACUCGGUUUAGGGACAAUUAUAAUAGAGGAAUGCUACCUGUUGGGAUCGAUCCCAGAGCAUCCAAAGUCUCUUGGAAGGCUGAUAUUACCAAGUUAGACUACCAUUAUUACCUACCAAUGUUUUUCGAAGGAUUAAUAGAAACGGAACAUCCUUACACAUUUUUCGCUCAACAGGGCAUUCAUGAUUUACUUACCCAUGGAGGGCCAAAAAUUUUUCCUUGCAUACCUCAAUUAGUUAUACCUGUCAAAGAUGCUUUAAGAACAAAAAAUAAAUAUGUCAUGAUCGCCACCCUUCAAGUUUUACAACAUCUCGUAAAAUCAGGAGAUAUGAUUGGGGAAGCAUUAGUACCAUAUUACCGCCAAAUUCUACCAAGUCUGAAUCUUUUUAAAGAAAAAAAUGUUAACUGUGGCGAUGAAAUAGACUACAGCCAAAUGAGAGGAGACAAUUUAGCAGAUGUCAUCAAUGAAACUUUAGAAGUACUUGAAAGAUAUGGUGGCGAGGAUGCAUUUAUAAAUAUCAAGUAUCUUAUUCCAACAUACGAAUCAUGUAUGAUGAACUAAUUUAACAUAAUAAAAAAGGUGAAUCUGUAA